AGAACCCAGGGACAGAUCUUUAGGAAAGGCCCAGGUCUAAGAAUAAAACAGUGAGUAAGAUUCAGUUCGGGACUACUGGGCGAAAUCUCCUGAGUGAAUUGUACACGGAGUGGGAGAAACUGCACCUUCUGGAACCGGGUCUGAACAAUGGAGACUGCGCUAGCAAAAACGCCAGGGAGAAGGCAAGUUGCUUUUCUUGCUCUGCUAUUGCUUGUGUGUGGGUGUAGUUGUGAGACAAUUCGAUAUUCCAUUCCAGAAGAAAUGGAAAGUGGCUACUUUGUGGCCAACCUGGCCAAAGAUCUGGGGCUCAGGGUUGGGGAGCUGGCCUCUAGAAGCGCGCGAAUCCAUCACAAAGGCAACAAACAGCUCUUGCAGCUUGAUGUAGAGACAGGCAAUUUGCUUCUGUAUGAAAAACUAGACCGGGAGGUGCUGUGUGGGGUGACAGAACCCUGUCUGUUGCAUUUCCAAGUCUUACUGGAAGACCCAGUAGAGAUUUUUCAAGCCUAUUUGCACCUCACAGAUGUAAAUGACCAUUCUCCAAAAUUCCUGGAGAGAGAAAUGCUCCUAAAGAUCCCAGAGAGCACCCAGCCGGGAUCAGUGUUCCCUCUGAAAACAGCGCAGGACCUCGACAUAGGAAGCAACCGUGUCCAGAAUUACACCAUCAGCCCCAACCUCCAUUUUCACGUGGCUACUCAUAACCGCGGGGAUGGCAGGAAAUACCCAGAGCUGGUGCUGGACAAGGCGCUGGACAGGGAGGCGCAGGCCGAGCUCAGCCUCACCCUGACUGCGCUGGAUGGUGGGGCUCCGCCCCGGUCUGGGGCCUCCACCGUGCGCAUUGAAGUCGUGGACAGCAAUGAUAACGCCCCUGAGUUUACACAGUCGCUCUAUGAGGCGCAGGUUCCUGAGGACAGCCCGCUUGAUGCUCUCGUGGUCACUGUCGAUGCUCGAGACUUAGACGCAGGAGUGUACGGGAGUGUGUCCUAUGCUCUGUUCCAAGGAGACGAAGUUUCCCAGCCAUUCGUAAUAGAUGAAAUGACAGGAGAAAUACGCCUGAAAAGAGUGUUGGAUUUCGAGGCAACUCCAUAUUACAACAUGGAAAUUGUGGCCACCGAUGGCGGGGGGCUUUCAGGAAAAUGCACUGUGGCUAUACAGGUGCUGGACGUGAAUGACAACGCCCCGGAACUGACCGUGUCAUCGCUCAAGGCCUCGAUCCCGGAAAACUCACCAGAGACGGUGGUUGCCAUUUUCAGUGUUUCUGACGCAGACUCUGGGGACAACGGGAAGAUGAUUUGCUCCAUUCCAAACCAUCUCCCCUUCCUCUUAAAGUCCACAUUCGAGAACUUCUACACCCUGGUGACGGAGCGGCCGCUGGACCGGGAGGAGAGAGAGGAGUACCACAUCACCAUCACCGUGACGGACGCGGGGAGCCCCCGGCUGCGCACGCAGCACACGCUCGCCGUGCGCGUGGCCGACGAGAACGACAACGCCCCGGAGUUCACGCAGGCCUGCUACACGCUGCGCGUGCGCGAGAACAACAGCCCCGCCCUGGCCCUGGGCAGCGUGCGCGCCACCGACAGGGACGCGGGCAGCAACGCGCAGCUGAGCUACUCGCUGCUGGCCGGGCCGCAGCCCGGGCCCGACGCGGCGGCGCUCGUGUCCAUCGACGCCGACAGCGGGCAGCUGUUCGCCCUGAGGCCGCUGGACUACGAGGCCCUGCCGGCGUUCGAGCUGCGCGUGCGCGCCGCCGACCGAGGCGCGCCCCCGCGCAGCAGCCAGGCGCGGGUGCGCGUGCAGGUGCUGGACGCCAACGACCACGCGCCCCGGGUGCUGUACCCGCCGCAGAACGCGUCUGCGCCCUGCACCGAGCUGCUGCCCAGGGCGGCCGAGCCGGGCUACCUGGUGAGCAAGGUGGUGGCGGUGGACCGCGACUCGGGCCAGAACGCCUGGCUGUCGUUCCGGCUGCUGCAGGCCACGGAGCCCGGGCUGUGGGGCGUGGCGCCGCACAAUGGCGAGGUGCGCACCGCGCGGCCGCUGAGCGAGCGCGACGCGCCCCGCCACCGGCUGCUGCUGCUGGUGCAGGACCAUGGCGAGCCGCCGCGCUCGGCCAGCGUGGCGCUGCACGUGCUGCUGGUCGACGGCUUCUCGCAGGCCCACCUGCCGCCGCCCGCCGCGCCGCCCGAGCGCGCGCAGCCCGACCGCCUGGCCGCCUCGCUGCUCGUCGCGCUGGCCGCCCUGGCCGCCCUGGGCCUCGCGGCGCUGCUGCUCUUCGUGGCCGGCAGGCUGUGCCGGAGGCGCGGGGCGCGCUCGCGGGGCGGCUGCGCGCUGCCCGACCCCCCGUUUCCUGCGCGCCUGCUGGACGCGGGGCCCGCGGGGACGCUGGCGCGCGGCGGCCGCCACCAGGGGGCGCUGCGGGGCGCGACCGGCGCCACCGAGGUCAACUCGCUGAAGCCAAUCUUUCCAAACCUGUCUCCCCAGAUUCCUGGGAACGAGAUAGAGGGAGCGCCGAGCUUCCGCAAUAGUUUGGGGUUCAAUAGUCAGUAGUACUAAUUAUGCCUUUCGUACAAAAAUGUUGGUGUCGCCCAAUUUGCAUGUAAUUUGCAUUUCGCUGAUGGUCUCUGCUCCUUAGCUUUACUUUUAUAGCAAAGUUUGGCUUUAGUGAUGGAUUAGCGAGAUGGGAAUUUAUUCUCACACUAAUGAGUUAUUAGUCUGUAAAUAAUUUGCUCCCUCUAUCAAGACAAAACCACUUCGUGUCUGUAUCCUUUCCCGAAACCU